AUGCGAAAAAUUCACGAGAAAAACCCGACAACUACACUAUGUCCUCCAUCGACCACCACCGAAUACGAGCCGCUUGUAUUCUAUCCAUGGACUGGUGACUGUACUGAUUGCAUCGACAAAGAUAGCAUAUUCACGUUUGAUGUGGAAAUCGAGGUGAGAUUUUUAAAAUAUUCCAAACUAUUGAAUGAAGUUGCCACCUAUAUUGGAUUAUUUUUAAAUUUGCUGCAUUUUUUUGUUCUAACAAAAAAAGAGCUCAGGAACAACGCUGUGUUUUUCAUCAUGAUUGGAAUUUGUGUCUCUGAUAUUCUGGUUUUUGCAUCGAGUAUUUCUGAAGCAUUUGUGUAUGACUAUGCGUAUAUAGCAGAAAAAAUCGGUACCUGUGCUAGUUUCAAACAAUGGCUUUAUAUGGGAAUUGAAUGGUAUUCUGGAGGAGUUCAAAAAUUUGGGAGAAUGAGUUCCAUAGUACUUGCCUUGUCGAUGACUUUCAUCCGCACUGUCUCUGUUAUGUUCUCUAUGAGCGCGGUGGCAAAUCGAUUGACGAAACUUUCCACAGCAAUUUUCAUAGUGUUCAUUUUUUAUCUUAUUUUGGGAAUUUGGUACGCAGAGUUUUAUCUUCGGGCGAAACCCCAUAAAGAUGUUUUGUCAUUUUGCUAUUUUAAUGGACUCGAAGAUGAAAAAGUGGCACAACACGAACUCACAGAAGGUUUCAGUAUAUUAGUGCUCACCGUGAUCUACACUUUUCUUACUGUAAUUCUUCUGGUAGCGCUCAAGAUUGCGAAGAAACGACGGAAGAGAUUGGGAACUGAAAAACAAGAAAACACUUCAAAUUUGAUAAUUGGAAUGACAGUUUCCUUCUUGAUAGCUACGCUUGGAUACAGUAUUCUUUUUAUUUUUAGCAAAUGGCCUUAUCCAAACGACAACAUUCCAUUUUUUCGAGUACAACUAACUAUGAUGCUGACGCAUGUGCCCAAAACAUUGCUCACCUUGAAUUCAGUGACUCACUGUUUUGUCUGUUUGUUUAUGUCUUCACAUUAUCGGGAAGUUGCUCUGAAACAUUUCUGGAGAAGGGCUAAGACGAAAAAUGUGUAUUCUCACAAUGCUGGCUAUGUCUUCUAUAGUACCAGUCGCCCAUUUGGAAUGAGUCAAGACGUUGUAACCUUCUGUUUGUGCUUAUACACUGGAGUGUACGCAUCUACCAUCUCCAUGCUAUCGGUUCAAUUUUUAUAUCGAUACUGGGCGAUUUUUGACUCUGAUAUGCUUCAAAAACUCAAUCUCGACAUAUCUGAGGUUUCGGGUGUAGCCGUCGUUGCCUAUGACGCUACCGGUUCUAUCCGAUGGUUUAAUAUUUCGUCGACAACUACCAUGACAUGUAUCAUGGCUAUCCAGUAUACUGUAAUCAUCUAUUGUGCUAUUUUUAUGUAUAUUGGCAUGGAGGAAAAGCUUCAAAUGCUCUCAAUUUCAUUGAGAAACCUACACAAGCAAUUUUUCAAGACUCUUAUUCUCCAGAUUGUGACGCCCACUAUAACUCUGUUUUCUCCUGUGAUGCUUAUAAUCUACCUUCCUCUACUAGAUCUAGAGUGUGAUCUACCAACUGGAAUAUUCCUCUGCGCCUUCACAUUGUACCCAGCAAUGGAUGCUAUCAUUGUUAUGUAUAUCGUUGCAGACUACAAAAAAGCUGCAAAAAAACUCAUCAUUCAGUUUUUGGAUAAAUGUAAACAGUUAUUGAGUACCGUGGAAACAGAGCCAAGUACAAAUCAGACAGGAUCGAAGAAUGUGAAUUCUCCAAUUGUUAUGAACUAA